GCGAGGUUCGCCAUUAGAUUCGAUUUUGAAGUCGUUGGUGCACGCCCUCAAACCUGUCUGAAAUGGAAUCCGUUGCUGCACACAAAGAUGAAGUCGUAAGUUGUUUUAUUGUUUCUUUCCAUGGUAAGACUCACGUUGAGUCGAAAAUUGACGAGUUGAAAAGGAAGUCUGUGGAUGCUAAAGACGGUGCAGAUCACGAACCUAAGAAUGGUAAUGAUGAGCCAAUUGUCAAGAAGAUAAGAAAAGAGACUGAUGAUAACGAAGGCGACGAAAAGGCUCACAGCCCAGAGAGUAGACCAACCGAGGGUGAGUUGUACGAAGAUGGUACCGAAGGUGAGCUAGUUUACUCUUCGGCAUACAUGCCAUAUCCCUUGAUUUCACACACUGAUUUUUGACCUUUAUAUACUUCUUAGUUUCAUAAGUUCUGUAAUUUCGACUUUUAGACGAUGCCUCACAAGACACCAAAGGCACCAAUGGGACAAGCGAACAUGUAAACGGCAGUAACGGCGAACAUGUCGGUGAACAUCAAACUGAAAAAUCAGACGAUGGGUCCGACUCGGAAUCGGAAGGGGGUGAUGCACCUUCAGUCGACAAGGAAUCAGACGAAGAGGCCAGUGAUUAACCUCGGCAUUUUUAUGCACUCCAGGCAUUUAUGUCUUUUUAUAACAUUUUUAUCGAUUUUUAUUCUAACCCGGCAGCUUUUGCACAAGUUUAUUAUUCACUUAUAUCUAAUAUAACAGAUGCUCGG